AAGAAAACCAAAAAAGAAAAACAAGAAAGUACAAUAGAUAAUACGGAAAUUGUUAAAUGAAAAAAAGAAAAAGAUAAAUAGAGAGUAGCACACAAAAUUUGGUUGCCGAUGAGACCAGCCGAGUUCUCUGCUUGCUCAGAAAUGGCUCUACAAUGUACCACAAGGUUGCCAUAUUCUUUCCCACAAUUUAAGAACAAGUUUGCAGUGUCUAAUUCAAUUGUUUGCCUGAAUUCACUAUACAACUGUAUCCAAAGAAAUGAAUGUAGAACUCUAUCAUUUAGUUUCAAUGGUAGUAGAUCACAUAUCCCCAAGACAGGAAACACAUUUGCUUAUUCCAGAGGAGCGCGAAGGGGAGUAGAAGAAGAAGAAGAUUCUAGUGACUCUGAUGAUGAGGAUGAACCUGUUGUUGAUAAGAAUGAUCCUUACUUAAUGACUCUCGAAGAACGAGAAGAAUGGAGGAGGAAGAUUAGGGAAGUGAUGGUGCGGAACCUUGAGGUUAAAGAAGAGGUUAUGCCUGAGGAGAGGAGGAAGAAGGUACAAGAGCUUGUUGAUAAAUACCCACUUGUUGUGGAGGAGGAUGAUCCUGAUUGGCCAGAAGAUGCUGAUGGUUGGGGAUUCAACUUGGGCCAGUUCUUUGACAAAAUAACCAUUAAGAAUAAUCCUAAAAAAGUUGAUGAUGACGAUGACGAUGAUGAUGAUAGCAAAAAUGAAAUUGUAUGGCAAGAUGAUAACUAUAUACGCCCCAUCAAAGACAUAACCACAGCUGAUUGGGAGGAGACUGUUUUCAAGGACAUCAGCCCUUUGAUUAUUCUUGUACACAAUCGCUAUAGAAGGCCAAAGGAAAAUGAAAAAAUUCGAGAUGAAAUAGAGAAGGCUGUGCACAUCAUCUGGAACUGUCGACUACCUUCACCAAGAUGUGUCGCUGUUGAUGCUGUUAUCGAGACUGAUUUGGUUUCUGCACUUCAAGUGUCUGUCUUCCCUGAGAUGAUUUUUACCAAGGCUGGAAAGAUCUUGUAUCGUGAAAGAGAAAUGCGAACUGCAGACGAGCUUUCAAAGAUAAUGGCAUACUAUUAUUAUGGAGCAGCAAAGCCUCCUUGUUUGAAGACUGUGGUAGCUAGUGAGGAAGCAAUUCCUUCAGUUUCAAUUACUGCCCAACUUAUGACUGAUGGUAACUGAUAAUUGUCAUUAGCCAUUGGUUCAUUAGAAGUUUCCUAGGUUAUGUAUGAUCUCACAGUGAUAUGUUGUUUCUUCACCUAUAUAUCCCUUUAUACAGAAAAUCCAUUUUUGUAGGAAAGUUGCUUUCGUAUAUUGUAGUUUUCUAUCUGUUCCAAUAAACGAAUGAACUCGUAGGAAAUUUUUGUUGUCCAGUUACAUAGUUUGCAAGUAUACUUACUAUACAGAGUAAACCAAAAAGUUUUAUGUAGCUUCUUUAGCACUUUGUUCUUAA